UGUUUUCUUUCUGCCUCUGGCUUUCUACUGAACAGAAUGCAUAGAAUUUUUACCAAUAUUAAGCAUCUUAUUCUCAGCCUCAUCUUAGCUUCUCUGAUUGUUAGCACCCAAGGAAAAAAUGCAGAACCGCUUGAGGUCAUCAUUGGUGGGAGCAGCAACCAAUUGUCAGACGCACCGGUUGCAGAACCUGUAGAAGGAAGUUUGGAGCCGCUGAUUUUUGCAGACCUGAGAUUGGCUGUGGUGUACCCCAUUAUCCUGAAAUUUAAGAAAAUAAUCACCUCUGAUCCUCUAGGAAUCACCAAAUCUUGGGUUGGGGCUGAUAUAUGCAACUAUACAGGCUUUUAUUGCACUAGCCCCCCGGACAACUGUUCGGCUAUUGCUCUUGCUUCUAUUGAUUUCAAUGGAUUCCAACUUAGUGCUCCAACCCUGGAUGGCUUCCUUGAUCAGCUCCCUGAUUUAGCCCUGUUCCAUGCCAAUUCCAAUAACUUCUCCGGGACCAUCUCGGCAGACAUUUCCAAGCUUCCCUACCUAUAUGAGCUAGACAUCAGUAAUAACCAGUUUUCUGGGCCAUUUCCUACCGCCGUUCUAGGUAUGAAUAGUCUGUCUUUCUUGGACAUUCGGUUCAACCUUUUCGCAGGCUCAGUACCACCUCAAUUGUUCACGCAGGCUUUCGAUGCAAUUUUUCUGAACAACAACAAUUUUAUGCAGAGGCUGCCUGAAAACAUUGGCAACACUCGCGCCUUCUAUCUCACUCUAGCCAAUAACAAAUUCUUUGGCCCCAUUCCUCGCGGUUUAUUUAGAGCCAUGGCCAGUCUGACUGAAGUGUUACUCCUUGACAACUUGUUAACCGGUUGCCUGCCCUAUGAAUUGGGUUUUUUAAAGGAAGCUGUGGUAUUUGACGCGGGUAACAAUCUGUUAACAGGUCCUAUACCUUUCUCCUUGGGAUGCCUGAAGAAAGUAGAGGUGCUGAAUUUUGCCGGGAAUUAUCUGUAUGGCAUGGUGCCAGAGGUGGUCUGUGCGCUGGGAAAUUUGGCCAACCUUUCGCUGUCUGAUAAUUAUUUCACAACAGUUGGGCCAAUUUGCUGGAAUCUGAUUAAGAAGGGAGUUCUUGAUGUAAGGAAGAACUGCAUUGCUGGUCUACCAUUUCAGAGAUCAGUGUGGGAGUGUGCUCAUUUCUUUGCACGACCAAGGUACUGUCCUUACUGGGCAACGUUCACCUACAUUCCAUGUUGGCUUCCCCACUUUAAAUUCCCACCAUUAGCCGCUUCUGAAUCGGCCCCUUCUCCUUCAUAGCUGAUUGCACUUUUUCGUUUUCAACUAUAUAGUUUGCAAGAAUUAUCAUGAAACUGUAAUCUAAGCAUAAAGGUUCAAAUUACUGAACCUUCCUGAAAAAUGCUGAGUUUGUGCACUUCCCAAAGUAUACUCUGUUUUCCAGUGUUUUUUUUUUUUUUUGGGGGCAGUUGA